AUGCACACAGAUGACAUUGCACAACUGUCACUCCAAGGUUGGGAAAAUAUUCCAGAGAUCUGGGGCUGGGGGCUGGGCAGGGUGGAGUUUGGGGAGGGGAUGGACCCCAGCAGAGGCAGCUCCACAAAAACAGUGUGUUUACCUGGCAGAGGGGUGAAACCACCACCGAUUUUGCAAGUACAUUUCAGUAAAUAUAGAUUUUUCAAGGACUUGACUUGGAAGCUUGCAAAACGAUACGGAAAUGUUUUCAUGCUAUGGCUGGGACCUAUGCCUGUAGUUGUCCUGUCUGGAUACGAAGCAGUGAAAGAAGGGCUGAUCAACCAUUCAGAAGACUUUGCAAAUCGACCAGUGACCCCUUUUGAGGAAAUCAUAGUAAAGGAACGGGGUAUUGUACCGUCAAAUGGCCACACCUGGAAGCAACAGAGGAAGUUUGCGAUAGUUGCCUUGCGGAAGCUGGGACUAGGGAAGAAAGGCGUGGAGCACCAAAUAGAAGAGGAGGCCCAUCAGCUGCUUCAGGCUUUUGCAAAUGCAAAGGACUGGCAGCCUCCAGAGGGGGCAUUGAGGGGGUCAAAGGUAGAAGGCCAGAGUGAACAGAAAGGGCUUCACCAGAUGCGGCAGAAUGGCAGUGAUUUUACCCAAAGUGAAGCCACGCUGGUGUGGUGGCGAACCAGGGCCAUGGCAGAGCAAAUGGCCAUAGCUGCAAGGCACAUUAUGCAGCUACACUUUUUUGUUUACCUCCUGACUCCCAUCUGCACAGCCUCGAAGGCACUGCUAGCUCCACUCUUUGAAUUAUUCCCAUGGCUCAUGAAACGUGUUCCAGGGACUACAAAGAAGGUCUUAUCAUGUGCAGAGGCUGUACGUUCAUUUGCAAGACAGGAGAUAGAAAAGCAUAAGGGGCAUCAUGCUGUCUAUGAGCCACAGGAUUUCAUUGAUUUUUAUCUAUUACAGAUGCAGAAAAGCAAGAAUGACCCCAACUCUACUUACAAUGAAGACAAUCUGAUUCAUAGUAUUUUUGACAUGUUCAUCGCAGGAUCAGAUACUAUAGCCCUGACACUGCGAUGGGCUUUGCUCCUCAUGGCAAAUCACCCAGACAUCCAAGAGAAAGUCCACAAGGAGAUUGAAGAUGUUUUGGGUUCCUGUCAAGCAUUCACCUACCAAGAUCAGAAGAAACUCAACUACACCAAUGCUGUAAUUCAUGAGAUCCAGCGUUCCCGAUAUAUCUUAUAUGUUGGGCUCCCCAGACGAUCUACAAAGGAUGUAAACAUGCUUGGUUUUUUCAUUCCAAAGGACACUGUUGUUGUUGGAGAUCUACGCUCAGUUCUUCUUGAUCCUAAACAAUGGGAGACACCUGAGGCAUUCAACCCAAAUCAUUUUUUGGACAAGGAUGGAACUUUUGUGGAAAAAGAAGCCUUUCUUCCAUUUGGUGCAGGAGCCCGUAUCUGUCCAGGAGAGCAGCUGGCGAGGAUGGAGCUCUUCAUCUUCUUCACCAGCUUGAUGAGGGCUUUCACCUUCCAGCUUCCAGAAGGAGUGAAAGAGCUCGACACAGAUCCUUUGAUUGGGCUAUCGUUAGUUCCCCGUCCUUAUAAGAUCUGUGCUGUUCCCCGUAGCAGUUUAUAAACUAUACAGAUUAGUAUGAAUCAUUUGCCAGUGUAA